UCCGAGACGCAUGACGUUUUUCGUAUGGCAGAAGGCAGAGCGACUCGCCGUGCGCGCGGCCAGCGCAAAUCAUACAACAUCGACCCUCUUGCGGGGCUGGAGCUAGAAGAUGGUUCAGAUGGUGAGGCACGUGGUGAAGAGGAGGCGAACGGCGGGGCAGUUGACGACGGGGUUUCGAGUGAUGAGUUUGAAAUGGGGCAGGAAGAGGAGGACGCUGAUGAGUUCAUGGAAGAGGAUGGGAUGGCUGGCGAAGAUGAAGACGACGACGAUGGUUCGGCGGAAUCAGUCGGAGAUGCCGCAUCUGAAGCCGACGAAGGGGGCGUCAGCGUACCUAAAAGGCGAUCUGCGGCGGCGGCGAGUACAGCCAAGGCGCCCACAGAAAGGGGAAAGAAGAAGAAGAAGAAGGGCCCUGAGCGGCCUUCCAAGAAAAACGCGUUUGGAAAAGGGAGUAUGAUCCAAUGGCGCAGUCAAAGUCACAGAAUUGCUACGGCUGUCAAAAUACGCCAGAGAGGAGUCGACGAAUGGAUGCCCGCUGGUCAGGCUAUACGGUUUAAGAUGUACUUUGGCCCUACCGUGGAGGACAUAUAUCCUGCGCUGCAGACGAGAGAUUACUUCAAAUUCCAGGAAAUUUUCCCGAGUCGUUCCCAGGGGAGUUUGAUGAGGUCAUUUUAUCUGGCCGAGGAUGCUCGAAUGAAGGAGAUCAAAAUUACACGGGAGUGGUAUAAAAACUCUGGACAGGCGGCAUUCUCCUCCGGCCAGCAGACUCAGAUUCUCACGGGGGAAGAAUGGAAGCCUUAUAUGUACAAUACUGGACCGGAGACCAUGGAUCUACUUAUGGGUGAUGCGACGGCGCCCAAGCUGUACACGCUCAAGAAGGGCGAGUUUAUGAAAGCUGCUGAGCCAUUUGCCCCCAACACGAAUCGACGUGGUUGGAUAUUCAAUCUCGGCGCCCGAAUUCAUGAAGCACAAUGGGCUCCCAACGAAGAAGGCAGGACGCAAUAUCUUGCUGUCGCCGUGGAGCAGAAAUCCACAAAGAAAUCUCCCGACAUGUUCGAAAACUCGUCUGCUCCCGCUUUCACUGCUACUGGUACCUUCCCAGCAUCUAUACAGAUAUGGGCGUUUGAAUCCUUAGAAAAUGGGGACAUGGACCCCGAGAAGGCUCCACGACUUGAACAUGUCAUAUGCACAGAUUGGGGAGCCCCGAAACGUCUUGCAUGGUCGCCGAUUGGGCCUGAUGAUGAGGCGGUUCAUCGAUACGAUGAAAAUGGGGAGGUAGUUCGCCUGGGUCUACUUGCUGGUAUUUGGUCAGACGGGAAGCUUCGCAUCAUCGAUAUAUCCUUCCAAAAACCUGAGACCGGCACCUUUCAGACAGUAUACACGCACUACUCGCAAGCGGCUUUUGAUGUCGAUUUCCCAGACACUAUACCGACCAACAUAUCAUGGCUAUCUGGGACUUCGAUCGCUGCCGCAACAGCAGCUGGUAACGUCGCAGUAUGGUCACUAAACCGCCCUGGAGUCUUUAUCCCCUCAAACACGACCAACGACAAUUCGUCACCAAAACCCUGGCUCUACAGCCAAUUGUCCGACACCUACAUUCUAUCCCUUUCUUCGGGCUACCCCUCACGCCCCAACUUCCUCUCCAUCACUACAGGCGACGGCUUCUCGCGGCUCAUCGACCUGCGCUCCCCCAACGUCGACUCCUGCACCUCAGCGCGCACGCGCAUGCUGAUCUCUAGCCAGGCCUGGCACGAACACACACAGACAUGGAUUAUGGCAGAUGAGUACUACAUGCUCAAACAUGCCUCUCUCCGCCGCUACUACGCCAACUCAUACACAAUGAAACUAGACAGCUCCUUAGUAUGCUGCGCCACGAGCCCCGUACAACCAUGCAUUCUAAUCGGCGGCGCAGACGGCACCGUCGCAGCGAGUAACCCCACAGGCAAAAUCAUCAACACCAAAAACCCCGUCUGGCAACAAACCUGGUUCAAGCACGAAUACCGUCCUCCCGUCGAGCACGUCCUGCGCGGGAUCCAACACCCCCCACUCCAUGAAGACGCCACCUCUUCUUCCACUUCCAUCCCAGUCAACGAAAACGAUCCGGUUCCGCAGUCAGUGUUGGAUAAACCGCUUACGCGCAUCACGGAAGGGUAUACGCCGCAAAAAGUCACCACGGCGGCCCGCGAUGAGACGGAGCAGCGGGCCAGAGAGGGCGGGAAUCUCAUCGCGAUUUUCGAGGAGCGGUCGGCUGUUACCAAGUUGGCGUGGAAUCCGAAUUUGAAAUUCGGGACGUGGGCGGUGGCGGGGACGCAUAACGGGUAUCUGAGGGUGGAGGAUCUAAGCGUGUGA